AUGGAGAAAAUUAGAAGCAUUAGUACUCUUCUUAUGCUUGUCUUCAUUUUGUUCUUAGCUUUUUCCAAUUAUGCAACAGCUUCUGAGGAACUUGAGUACGAGGGAGAGUUCAACUACGAGGUGGAUAGCGAAAGAGGACAGGAAGGAUGGGGAGGCUUGUGUAAUAGUGGAAGGAUGCAGUCUCCGAUCGAUCUAUCAAAUGAGAGAGUUGAAAUGGUUUCUCAUUUAGGGAUUGUUAAAAGGAAAUACAAGCCAUCCAAUGCUACCCUCAUUAAUAAAGGCCAUGACAUGCAGUUGAGUUGGAAAGGAGAUGCGGGAUCUAUUGAAAUAAAUGAAAUUGAAUAUGAACUUCAACAAUGUCAUUGGCACUCACCUUCUGAACAUACCUUUAACGGCAGAAGAUUUGAUCUUGAGGCUCACUUAGUUCAUAGGAGUAAGAGCGGAAAAUAUGCUGUUAUAAGCAUCAUUUAUAAACUUGGACAUGCCGAUUCUUUCUUAACUCAGUUGAAGGAAGACAUGAUAGACCUUCAAGACACACUAGAAAUAGAGAGAAUGGUGGGGAUUGUAGACCCGAGAAUGAUUGAGAUUGGAAGUCACAAAUAUUACCGUUAUCAUGGUUCACUCACUACUCCUCCAUGCAAUGAAACUGUUACUUGGACCGUGGUUAAUAAGGUAAUGACAGUUUCAAGAACACAACUAGAAGUGUUGCAGGAGGCCAUUCAUGAUGAAUCAGGGAGCAAUGCUAGGCCAUUACAAUCCCUAAAUGGACGUAUAGUUCAACUUUAUAUUCCUGGAGAUUAUUAA